AUGGACAAGUCCGGCUUCCCUGAGGAUCACAUCCAGUCGGCUCCUGCAGACUAUGUCGACUAUGAUGCUAACCCCAAGGAGGAACUGGCACUCAAUGUCGGCGGCCGUGCUGCCUUGCAGCGCCGCCUGCGGAACUACCAGGUCACCAUGAUUGGUUUCUGCAGUGGUAUCGGUACCGGUCUGUUCGUUGGCACUGGUUCGGCCUAUGCCAAAGCUGGCCCCGCUGGCUUGCUGCUGGCAUAUAUCGUCGUCGGAAUGGUUCUGUGGUGUGUGAUGCAGAGCAUCGCCGAGCUGGCAACGCUUUUCCCAACCGCCGGAUCCUUUCCUCACUGGGCUACUCGCUUUGUCGACCCGGCUGUCGGCUUUUCACUCGCUAUUUCGUACGGAUACUGUUACACGAUCGCUAUCGCCUCGGAGACAUCUGCCGCCGCGGUCAUUGUUUCAUAUUGGACGGACAUAACGCCUGCAGUUGUGAUCACAGUUGGGUUGGUGCUAAUUUUGGCUAUCAAUUUGAUGAGUGUGCGCUUCUAUGGUGAUAGUGAAGUUGUUGGAGGUGCCAUCAAGGUUCUCUGCUUCCUCGGCCUUGUGAUUGUCUCCAUCGUUAUCACUGCAGGCGGGGGGCCAAACCAUGAAACUAUUGGCUUUCGGUUCUGGAACAAUCCUGGAGCAUGGACAAACUACAACGGUAUCACUGGUCCGACAGGCCACUUUCUCGGAUUCCUGUCGUCUUUCGUCAACGCUUCGUUCAGCUUCAUUGGUGUCGAGACCGUUGUUAUCACAGCUUCCGAGUCCGUCGACCCGCACCGUGCCAUUCCAAAGGCUGCCCGUCGAGUGACCUAUCGCAUUGCCUUCUUCUACAUUCUCGGCGCCCUUCUCAUCGGCCUCAUCGUGGACCCCCGGAAUUCAAACCUUGUCUCCGGCUCUGACAACGCCAACAGCUCGCCAUUCGUGAUUGCCAUCAGGAACGCUGGUAUCACCGCGCUGCCCUCCAUUGUGAAUGCAUGCAUCCUCGUCGCCGCUUGGUCCGCCGGUAAUUCCUACUGCUGGGUCGGCUCCCGCAUGAUCGUCGCCAUGACUACAGACCAUCAGCUGCCCCAGUUCUUCGGGCGCGUGGAUAAAAACGGUGUGCCAUACGUGGCUGUCAUCGCCGCUUGGCUCUUCGGUCCCCUGGCAUAUCUGAGUCUUGGAUCCGGUGGUGCAGCGCAGGCCUUUACCUGGCUUCUGAACCUUAGCACCGUCGCUGGUCUGAUUGCCUGGGCAACGCUUUGCUUCUGCUAUAUUCGCUUCUAUGCUGCAAUGAAGAAGCAGGGUAUCAGCCGAGAAACCCUCCCAUGGAAGGCGCCUUUUCAACCUUAUGCCGCAUGGUUUGGUUUCAUCAUGUCUACCGUCAUCACUUUGAUUGCGGGUUUUCCCGUUUUCCUCAAGGGCAACUGGUCUACGUCUGAUUUUGUUGCGUCUUAUGUUGGCAUUCCUAUCUUCAUUGUUCCCAUUAUUUGCUGGAAGCUCUGGUAUCGUACCAAGUUUGAACGUGCUGCCAAUAUUGAUUUAUGGUCCGGCCGUCUUGUGGACGGGGAGAUUAUGCCACAGAAAAAUCCACAUAACAGCCCGUGGCGAAAGUUCGUCGACUGGCUAUUUUGA